UAUAAGGGAUGUGAUCGGAUCGAAAAUGUCAGCGCCCGUCAAAGCAUGGGUGUCACAAGGAUUAGUCUUUCUGCGUUCUGCUAAUUGCGGUUUGGAUAAAGGCUUGUUGAACAGAAAGGCCAACAAUUUUCCAAGAGCUUUAGGUAACCACCAGAUAACCAGAGGUCGAAAGCGGUCAACUAGACACCCGUCAUGGUUUGUUCCACAACAACCAAGUGAGACUGAUGAAGACCUUACAGCUGAAAACCAGGAAUAUAUCUCUGAGCUAGUGCAGGCUAGAUAUGCACAACAGAAGAGUCCAUUGAAAGAUGGGCCAUGGGAACGAGGUGUAUGGACAAGGAGCACAAGGAGAACAGGUGUGCUGGCGCUAAAAAUUGGGGUUCUGCCACAGUGGACGAAAGAGGGUCACAAGUUUUACACCACACUCCUUCAGGUUUUGGACAACCAUGUUAUUCGGUACAAUCCUCCAGAAGUUGUUCGGAACUCUUUUGGCUGGCAGCCUUACUGGGGUACAAAGUAUGGCAUAGUUGUUGUGGGCGCACUGAGCUGUGAUCCCCAUGAGUUUUCUAAGGAAUACAACAAUUUGUUCUCAGAAGCAUGUGUUCCUCCCAAGCGUCGUCUGACGCGUUUUCUUGUCACCCCUGAAGCUGCUAUUCAGCCAGGUACUCCACUAAAUGCAACACAUUAUAGGGUUGGUGAUGUAGUGGAUGUUCAAGCCAAAACUAUCGACCAUGGAUUCCAGGGUGUUAUCAAGCGGUGGGGGAUGAAGGGUAUGCCAAAGACCCAUGGUACCACAAAGUCUCACCGAAAAAUGGGCAGUGCUGCUGGAACAGGGACAAAGGGCAGCAUCUGGAAGGGGAAGAGAAUGCCGGGUCACAUGGGAGCAGACUGGAGAGCGCUGAGGGGACUGACAAUUCAUCGUAUUAACUACCGCUACAAUGUGCUGUAUGUGACUGGCCCGUGUUUGCCAGGCCCCAACCAUGCGUAUGUUCGUGUCAUGGACACAGUGUUACCUCGCAGGAAAAACUCAGAUAGCCCACCCCUCAUGCCCACAUGUUACCCGGAAGACCUUGAGGGACCUCUGCCAGAAGAGGCCUUCCAUGAUGACUUGUUUCAAUUUACAGAACCUUCUAUUGCUUACAAGGAGGAUAAAAAAUAGUCCAUCCUGAAGUACGAUCUUGAGGACUUACCAAUGCUUGUAUCAGGUUGUGUUGUGCUGAAAAGGUGCUGCCUGAUAGGGUACUGUUAUCCAGCACCAAAUUCCGCUACUUCAAAAAGAUAGAUGUGACACUUGAAUAUGUGUCUACCUGAUAAGGAGUAAAUCUUGCUCUAGUACGUAAGGCCACACCAAUUUAAAUUUUUGUUUUACAGGUAGAAUAAAUGUUUUUCCAACGCAAGAGGAAGGUGUAAAAAUGUAAACUUAAAAAUCAUUUAAUUUGUGGGGAAUGUAGAUUGUUCCAGUAUUUUUUUCCUGUAGAAGAAUAUUUACUGGAUCAGCAAGCCCUGAAAAUUUCAAGGUGAGAUAAACUAAAAGGGUGGAUUUUCUUUUGUGCUGGUUUUAUUCCAUUUUAUUGGAUUAUUUAGUGUAAAACAGAAAACAAAAUUGGUGUUGCCUGAUUUGGUUUUGAUGAAUUCAUGCCUACCUGCUGGUUGUAUUACACCAGUGCUCCAGUUUUUGAUGAAUUCACACCUACCUGCUGGUAGUGUUAAACCAGUGCACAAGUUAAAUGUCCUGUUAGGGUUAAACCAAUUCGUGCAGCACUCCCAAGCUCUUUUCCUUAUGGAAUGGCCAUGUACACCACCUGACUGGGAUGGAAUUGUCCCUUGAGGUUAUCAGCUGAAAUGACUGGACAUAGCCACAAAUACUGUCACCUUCUCACAAAACUCAGGAACAAAAGAGUUUCCAGUAGACAUAUUGACUUGUUGAAGACAUUAUCUAGACACAUGGAUUAUAUGCAUUGUGGAGUAUGAGGGGAGGUUAGAGUCAAUUAUUCUAUGGGAAUGCUUCUUGUGAAGAGCAAGCUGUGGUUAAGCAUUAAAUCGGUUUCUGCGUGAUAAUCAAAAUCUUGGAUGAGGAUGUUUAUGGCUCGUCCAGAGGAAUCUGGUAUCAUUUUUGUGCGAUAAAUGUAUUCUCUCAACUUGGAAAAGCAAAUUAUAUGUAAAUGUACUCUGUUGAUUCUUAUUAUGCAAAUUUCAGAAUACAUACUUUAUUGAUGCUUCAGUUUCCUUUUAUAUGUGAAACUUUUAGAGUAUUACAUCUUUCACUAAAUAUGGAACACUGCUGGUGAUUUUUUAUAACUGAUCAAGAAAUUAAUCCUGUCAGGUGACUCGUAUGCAGUCCUUUUGCCACACAAUGGUGCCUCAGGUCCAAGCUGGACAACCCAUAGCUCUCUUGUAGUGCAUGAAUAAAAUGUUGCCGAUUUGCUCCCUAAACAUGACUGGAGAGUCAGGACUGAAUAAUAGGCUGAAUAAUAGGCUGAAUAAAUGGUUUUCCAUUCAGCCCUACCACACUUCAUAUCCCAUGAUGCACUGCAGUUUCAGGCAGAGAAAUAGUUAUGCUGCAGACUUGCAUGUUACAAUUAGCCUUAACCCUAUUACAUUAAACAGGCUUGAUGUCAACAGGAGCAUAAUAACAAUCAUCAUGGUAGGACCAGUGUGCUCCACAAUAUUGGGAAGCAGAUUUGAGUGUGGUGUGUAUUAUUGAUAGAGCUGCUCUUUGGAUAAAAGCAGAGGAUGUUUCUGUGGCAGUUUGAAUCUACCAAAUAAAGUUAACUUUUGUCAAGAA